AUGACGAUAACGUCCUUGGACGAGUGGGCUUCCGACUGUCUUCUGAAGUCGUCAAGUCUUGUCGCAGCCGAGAGAAGGAUCAUCAUCGGCGUUUGUAUCCUCAUCGUCUCCCUUUUUUCGUUUCUCAUCAACUUUUUCCUGAUCAUCGCCAUCCUUUGCCGUUGGACAAGUUUUUCUAAGCAGGUUUAAUAGCUUUUCGAAGAAUUUUUCAAGAGUUGAUUUCAGAUGUAUGCCCACUUUGUGCUCAGUAUGCUUUUCGCUGGGUUACAGUACACCUCUGUCAAUUUUUACGUUUCGAUUCCUUGCGCCUUCACGUAUUGUUCUUAUAUAUCGUGAGUCCCACUAAAAAUGUCGAAAAAUAAAAUACUACAUUUAUAACUCUAGAAGAAAUCUUGAGAUUUUCCAAAGACCCUCAAAACAGUUUGGUCAAUCUUUCAGGGAAAAAUAUCUUCAAUUUUUGAAAGUCUAUAAAAUAUGUUUUGCAGGAGCGAUUCUCUGAUGGUUGCACUGGCCACUCCAAAUACACUUUCUUUCUUUGCCUAUUUAUUCGCAGCUUUCGCCUUUUCAGUUUUUCGAUUUGCUUGUUUCAUUUAUAACAAACGUUCUUGGGUCGUUUUCCAGAAAGUGAGCUUGAAAGCCUUUUUUGCAUAUCCCUGAUCACUUUAAUUACAGGUUUGUUUGUACCUCCCAUGGGUUCUGGCAAUACUCAUCGCUUUUUACACGACUGCCAAUGGAUGCUACAAAAGAUACAAUCGAUAUGCUCUGGAGUACACUUACAACUGCUCAGCUUGCAAUUUAUUUUGUUCGUUCUAUUUUUAUGAUCUAUUUGUCAAGUCUGAAUUUUCAGUCAGUUUCAAUUUCAUGGACUUUAACUUUUACAUCGGACAAGCUCUACCUCUGAUAAUGUUUGGGCUUUAUGGUACCAUCGUCGUCAUGGUUUACAUGUCGCGAAAUUCCUAUGCAAGUGUCCGGGGAACACAGUUGAAAGACGCCAAAAAUGGUAUUUUUUUCUGUUCUAGUAGUUUUCUGAUAGUCGACUCAGUUUUUUUUAAAGUUCAUCUUCUAAUUUUAUGAAAUAAUUUCGAUAAAAGACCUUUAUUGAAACUUUAAAUAGUUAAAAAAACACAGGGAGACACAGGAAAAAAAAACAAGUAUCAACAGUGUAUUCUAAGUUCGCCUUUUCAUAAAAAAUUUCAGAUGAGAUCUACUAGCUUUUGAAGUUUUCCAAGCUUCGGGUAUUGGCUAAACUAAUAAAAUAUGUGAAAGUCGUUUUGCUCCAUAAGAAAAUUUCAUAUUGCACACGUGUUUUUUUUUCAAUUACCCGCCUGUUUACUACCCUUCAAAAAAAACUUAUCAAAAGUUGUGCACAUAGACAUGAAAACAUACUCAGUAAACACUUUUUUUUAUUGUGAAAUGGAAUAUGGAAUGGGGUCUCUCAGGUGCUGAUUUUCCUUAUGAAAAGGAUUUUUUGCAGGCUUUGCAAUAUAUCCUGAUCUGUACGGCGCAGUACCUGGCGUGUCUUCUCUUCUACAUGGUUCCACGACUGGGCCGCGGUCAUCCGGUCGCAGUCACCCUCAUGAACACGAUCGGCUCCAUCAACGUCGCGCUCAACCCCCUAGUGCUCAUCCUUUUCAACACGCAAAUGCAAAAAGCCUGCGCUGAACUUUUGAGAGACUUUGGAAUUUUCAGAAAUAAACCCAAGUUUAGUACCGUCGCUGUCACUCCGUCUUUCAUUCGUUCCAACUCCCGAGUAUCACGUUAA